ACACCCUCGCAAAUUGUGAACAUUGUCCCAUACCUAUCGAAGCGACGACAACCACGACAACCCGAACGACAUUUUUGCGGGUCAUUUCCUCGACUUGUUUGCGUUGCCCGCUGUUGCUCAGAACCGCCGUCAAAAUGCCUUCGGAACAAGGUCACAGACUCUACGUCAAGGGACGUCACCUGAGCUACCAGCGCUCCAAGCGCCAGGUCAACCCCAACACCAGUCUGAUCAAGAUCGACGGUGUUGACAACACUGAGUCCGCCAACUUCUACCUGGGCAAGAAGGUCGCUUUCGUUUACCGGGCUAAGCGCGAGGUUCGCGGUUCCAACAUCCGGGUGAUCUGGGGCAAGGUUACUCGUCCUCACGGUAACUCUGGCGUUGUCCGUGCUCAGUUCCGUCACAACCUCCCCCCCAAGUCUUUCGGCGCUACUGUCCGCGUCAUGCUCUACCCCUCCAACAUCUAAACGACUUGGUUUUAUUAUGUGUUAGUUGGCACUCCGGAAUCUUCGCGCAGACAGUCGGGCAAGGAGUCGACGGUAUGAGCCGAUGUUGAGAUGGAGUUGGCGGGUUGGUAAUGUUCGUGGGAGAGGCAGGGCCGAACAAGCCCUACGAAUUAAAAUAAAAGAACUUUUUAUGUCUUACAGCAUGGAUAUCUGUCAAUUAUUAGGCAUUAGAAACGCUUGACCCGUUUUCAAUACCGGCGAGCAUCAUGUGUCUUUUCUGACACCAUGGCUUCACCACCCGGCGCUCAUCACCAAUCAAUAUACCAUUUCAGCAUGAUCA